CACCUCUGCCAGGUGCUGAGGUGCACAGUGUACUCAUCUACAACUUUCAAAAGCGUCACAAUCCAUAAAAAAGUUCAAAAAUCCAUCCACCCUCUAGAAACUCCUGCACUUUCUCCCACCUCAACACUCAACAACAACUCCACCACGUUCCACCCACAAUCAACCCCCUUUUUUUUCUCUCUCUCUCUUCUUCCGCAACCUUCUCGGGGAAUCCGCUAUCAUCUCUUUCUCUCUCCUCUUUCUCCAGCACCAACUUAUCACUUAUAUAAAAUGAAACUCCCAGUAUUUUACUCUUUCAGUAACAACUGAAACUUUCCCAAAAUAGAAAGAUGAGAGAAGGAGAAGUGGUUGUGCUUGCUAAUGGCGCCGAUGACAACCCACAAGAUGGUGAGAGAUUAGCGGAUUAUGUGGUUGAUGUUUACCCUUUAAACCGCUAUUGUUUUGGGUCUAAAGAUGCUCUUUCUACUAAGGACGAAACCCUUGCUGACUCACUUCUUCGCUUGAAAUCUAAUUAUGAAGCCCGUGGAUUAAGGACUAGCGUUCAAGCUGUUAUUUUGGUUGAGUUGUUUCAACAUCCACAUCUCUUAUUGUUACAAGUUAAUAAUCGAACUUUUGACCUUCCUGGAGGCCGCUUAAGGCAGGGUGAAUCAGAUCUUGAAGGGUUGCGUCGCAAACUUUCGAGGAAGCUAUCUCUUGAUGAAGGCAGUGACGAGGUAGAAUGGGAGGUGGGAGAUUGCCUUGGAAUGUGGUGGAGGCCAGAUUUUGAGACCUUGCUCUACCCAUAUUUGCCACCUAAUAUCAAGCAACCCAAGGAGUGUGCCAAGCUAUUUUUGGUGAAGUUGCCAGUAAGUCGAAAAUUCAUUGUGCCAAAGAAUCUAAAGUUGCUCGCUGUUCCGUUAUGUCAGGUUCAUGACAACCACAAGACAUAUGGACCCAUAAUAGCUGGGAUCCCGCAGCUAUUAUCAAAGUAUUCUUUCAACAUGAUCGAGGCUUAGAGUUCAUGGAAGUAAUGUAAUACAAUAUAUAUUAUAUUGGAGAUUAAUGAUAUGUAGCAGAAAGGAUUUUAGUUCUGGGCAGAGCAUGGAGUAGUCUACUGGCGCUUUCUUUGUACGGUGAACUUUAACUAGUAUCAUAGAGUAGUUGAUUGUGGUUGUAAUUGUAUUGGUAUAUAAGAUAGAUUUAUUUGGUUUUGAUAUUAGGUGUGUUUUGCUGUUACAUGUGUAUUAAAGAAUCAUUGUGAGGAAAAGGGGUACUACUGUGUAUAUCAACAUAGCUACGAUAAUGGAACUAUAUUGUGUUUGACUGUUUC